GGACAGAGCCACCAUCUGUGACAGGGACUGGCCAGGCAGGGACAGUGCCACCACCUCUGACAGGGACAGUGCCACCAUUCCUCGUGGGGACAGGUCUGGCAGGGACAGUGCCACUGUCCCCAUCAGGGAAUGCCCAUCCAGGGACGGUGUCACUGUCCCUCGAGGGGACUGGUCGGGUGGGGACAGUGCCACCACCUCUGACAGGGACAGUGCCACUGUCCCUCGUGGGGAUUGGUCUGGCAGAGACAGAGCCACCAUCUGUGACAGGGACUGGCCAGGCAGGGACAGUGCCACCACCUCUGACAGGGACAGUGCCACCAUCCCUCGUGGGGAUUGGUCUGGCAGGGACAGUGCCACUGUCCCCAUCAGGGAAUGCCCAUCCAGGGACAGUGCCACCACCUCUGCCAGGGAGUGCCCAUCCAGGGACGGUGUCACCGUCCCUCGUGGGGACUGGUCUGGUGGGGACAGUGCCACCACCUCUGUCAGGGAGUGUCCGUCCAGGGACAGUGCCACCAUCCCUGUUGGGGCCAGGUCAGUGGGUGGCACUGCCACCGUCCCCAUCCGGGAGUGCCCAUCCAGGGGCAGUGCCACCCUUGGGGACAGACACGUCACUGGCAGUCCCCCCAUCACGGACACACCCAGCAGUGGCAGUGCCACCAUCCCUGACAGGGACUGCCCUUCCCGGGGCGGUGCCACCACGGGGGACAGGCCUGGCAGUGCCACCCUUGGGGACAGGCCUGGCAGUGCCACCCUUGGGGACAAGCCGGGCAGUGCCACCGCGCCCUCCAGGCCCAUCACGCCCGCCCGAGUCAGCGUCAUCAGGGAUGGCAGGACGGGCAGCAGGGUGGCACUGCGGGGACACAGCCAGGCCGGGUCACCCCUGGGGGACACGCAGGGACACACGAGGGCGGGCACAGGCGUGGGGUCCCCUGCGUCACACCAAUAAAAACCAGUAAAAACCA